GGACGUUAAGCAACAAGAUGACGAAAACAACGGACGGAUACUCGUGGACGGCAGCCACCGGGGUGACAAGUGGCAAUCUGCACUGCAAGGGAGUCGUUGAACCUGCUGAAAGGCGAAAUGCCCCAGUGGGACAUGUAUACGAUGCCAUCGUCAUCGGCGCUGGGUAUAGUGGUUUGAUGGCUGCGCGUGACUUGACGGAUCGGGGACUGUCGGUGUUGAUGCUUGAAGCUCGUGAUCGUGUGGGAGGACGGACGUAUACAGUUGAGUCAGAUGGCUUUCUAUACGAAAUGGGCGGAACGUGGGUGACGCACCACAUGGCGUAUUUGUUCAAAGAGAUGGUGCAGUAUAAGAUGGACAAAGAUUUGAUGUUGACCCAUCAUCGCGGAUACGACAAUGACUACUUUACGAUGAAUGUUACUGGCGCAACGCAAAAAUUCUCCCACGAAGAAGCCGGCCAGAUGAUGGGCAGGGCAUGGGAUAUAUUUGUCAACGUCGACGACCAGAACUGUCGACAAAUAUGCCCACUGCCACAUUCCCAACUCGACAAUAUCCUUGUAGAUCGAAAGGAAGUAGAAGGCUAUGAUCAAAUAUCCUGCCGUGAACGAUUUGAGGAAAUCAAACACCUGCUGAGUCCCGAAGAAGGAGGUCUGCUGACUGCAUUACUUCUUCACAUCUCCGGCGGAAGUAUGGAAAACUCCAGUCUAUGGGACAUGAUACGGUCCCACGCUUUAAUGUCGUAUAGUUCAGACAACUUUGGCCCUGUCUGGACGACAUUCAAGCUGCGCGAGGGACAAUCAGCGCUUGCUCGUCGCAUGUUCAACGACGCUGUCAGCAACGGCCUGCAAUACGCCUUUAAAAAGCCAAUUCGGUCAAUCCAUGACCUAUCUACAGGCAAGGUGGACCUGGUUGAAGUUAUAAGUCAAGACGGUCGAAUUCACCAUGCCCGUCGGGUGAUCAGCACAAUCCCGCUUAACGUGCUUCACUCCGUCGAAUUCCAGCCUCCUCUUUCAUUGAAGAGACAAGAGGCUAUCAAAAUGGGACAUGUCAAUUUCAUGACCAAGAUACACGCAGAAGUUAAGGGCCCUGGAUUGACAUCCUGGAAUGGAAUGCGAUAUCCCAAUCUCCUCAUGUUUGGAUACGGCGAUGGAGUGACACCGAAUGGGAAUGCUCACAUCGUGGGAUUCGGAAAGGACGAAAGAGAUACAUUCGUACCAGAACGAGACCCGGAAAAGAUUAUCGAUUCCUUUCAAAAGCUGCAUCCAAUGGAAGUACAAAAGAUGAUCUUCCACAAUUGGAUCACAGACCCCUGGUCCCAAGGUGGCCCAGCUUGGUGGACUCCAGGAUACAUGAGCAGAUAUCAAGAUGAACUACAGAGUCGACAUGGAAAUGUUCUAUUUGCCUCUGCGGAUUGGGCGAAUGGAUGGCGAGCAGCGAUUGACGGGGCGUUGGAACAGGGGUCUCAUGCUGCGAUUGAGGUUGUAGCGGAACUUAAGGAUAGGAGUGUCAAGGCGAAGUUUUAAUUAGUUUUAUGGUUGUUAUGCUUGAUUGUGUUAAAAUAGCAAUAUUACUGUGUGUUAUUGUACUUUGUCUUGCGAGUUACUGGAAUCAGUGUAGUUCAUUUUAUAGAUUAUGACGAUCAGC